GCCGAACCAGUCUUGCGCGAUAGUACGCUAAAAAAGAAGAAAUACGCGGUCCGGCUUGAGGAAGGUUUUGAUGUGGAAAGGGUGAUCGACAGGCUGCUUGAGGGCCAUAAUGAUCUUAUGACCCUGAAGGAGAUCCUGGCAUCCUCCCCAAGACUCCGUAAUGAGCUGAAGGGUAGGCUUUCGAGGCGUCUAGUGCCAAGUGUCCAUCUUAGUGUGAUUCUGCCUAAGGAAAUGGAGUGGGCGGACCCGGGAACGAAGAUGGACCGGAAAUGUGUGGCCUGCGGUAUGGUAGACUUAGUGGUAAAAGGUUCCAAGUGCGCAGCGAUGGUGGAUAAGGGGGCAGAGAUGAAUAUCAUCCGCGACGCAGACGCACUCAAGUAUGGGUUGGAAAUAGACCAUUCGGAUUGUGGCAUUUUGCACGGGGCAAACUGCAAGGCUGUGUUCUGCGGGUACGCCUCGAAUGUGCUCUUAGAGAUCGGAAGAGUAAAAGCCAGAACUUGUUUUUUCGUAAUGCCAAACGUGGACCAUGGCAUUCUCCUGGGGAGAUCAUUCUUAUGCAGGACAGAGACCCUGAUGUUCAACAAACAUGAUGGGUCGCUGAUCCUGAUCUUAUGUGAUCCAGCAUGUGGGAAUUACGAGGUAAUUACCUGCCGAAACACUGGACCACGGAGCUUAAGGAACAAGCCCAAUCCUGGCUCCUUCACUAUUGAGGAGUCAGAAGACGAGCACCAAAGGCUUAUGGCAGAGCCUGAGGGAGAAGUGAGGGAAGAAGCGUUCUCGCUUAGCUUAUCUGAUGUGAGCAAAGCCAUGGACAUAAUGGCCACACAUGAAAUGGUGGAUCCAGACGCCAUUCAGGCGUUGAGGGAACAAGUCCUGAAAUAUCCCCAAGCAGGGGAAAUAGAGUUGGUUUAUCGGCCUCCAAGGGGGAGAAGGGGCCUUGCUAUGGCGCAGGCACCGACACAGACGGCCAGUCGGCCUUUUUAGGGGACAGCUCAAGUAGGGUUCCCAAAGGCGGUACAAAACAAUAGAUAAAAAGUGCCGCCCAGU